AUGGGCAAGGACAGCUUCGCACCUGGUGACUCCAAGAAGGGCGCCAACCUCUUCAAGACCCGUUGCGCUCAGUGCCACAACCUCAAGGAGGGUGAGGGUAACAAGAUUGGACCUAACCUUCACGGUCUCUGGGGCAGAAAGACUGGUGAGGUCGAGGGUUACGCCUACUCCGACGCCAACAAGGGCAAGGGUAUUCACUGGGGUGACGACACUCUCUUCGAGUACCUCGAGAACCCCAAGAAGUACAUUCCUGGUACCAAGAUGGCCUUCGGUGGCUUGAAGAAGGCCAAGGACCGCAACGACCUUAUCACCUUCCUCAAGGAAGAGACCGCUUAG